AAGGCUUUGAGAUUUCUCUCCGCUUUCCUAUCUGCUGCUAGUUUGCUUCAGCUAUGAACUUGAACAUUGCCAUCAAUUAUGUAAUUGUAAAUGCAACAAAAAUGAGCUGCCACUGCCAAGACAAAUAUAAAAGGCAUCUGUUGUACGAAGAUAAGCAACAAACACUACUGCAGCAAUGGACGCAUAAUCUAAGUGACAUUACACAGCCACAUCAACAUGCACGUCGCAUCUUCCGGCAGUUGCUGCAACAUCAGCUAAAUGUACACGGCUAUCUAAGUGAGCCCUUCAUCAAUCCAAGCAACCUAAAUUGUAACAUGGAAGAAUUGCUGUUUCAAACCAAAAAUGUGCCAGCUGUGUUGCCGGAUAUUGAGAUUUAUGAUGCAGAAAGCAGCGAUACGCAGUCCAUGGAACUGCACCGCGAACUGAAGAGCGAGCAACUGAAUCUCAAGCGGCAGUUGAAUACGUUGCAAUUGCAUUUGACUACAUUGCAAAUCGAGUGCAAGCACUUGGAGCAGCAGUUGGAAAAGAUGCAACAGCAAAAAGAGCAGAAGCAAGAAUUCAGUCAACAAGUUAAGAUCAUGGUGUUGCAGUCAUCAGAGCAAGCAAUCAGCGCUCAAAAGCCUGGCGAAUUUCCACAUCGUUUUAUGACGAAAAUCUUUGCUUUAUUUAAUGAAGACGAGACCUUCAAGGCACACUGCCAGGACAUUGAUGGCGAGCUGGCAAAGUUGAUGCACAAGCUCUGCGUGCAAGCGAAUGAUGCCCAUGAGCAAGCCUCCAAGUUGGUACGGCGCAAAAAGCUGAAGGACUUGCGUGCCAAGCUAAUAAAGAAAUAUGAAAACAAAGUUGCAAAACGGGAGCAGUCACAGCAGCAACAUGUGCUGGCGCUCAGGCAGAAGUGCUUUCAACUUUUGCAAGAUUUUCUCACCCAGCGCUGCAGCAAUCAGGAAUAUCUAAAGUCAUACUUUGUUGACUUAUCAGCCUUAUACGAAGAGGAAUCGGAAAAAUUAUAAUCUAAUAUAUUUCUUAAGUUUGCAAAAUAAAGCGAGCUAAA